CAGCGGCGCCGUCGACCCGGGGGCCAUCCUGAGGGGUAUGACCCCUGAGACGGAUAGGGCUGCCCUCGGGGCCUAUAAUGAUGCGGCCCUCGAGGACCACAUUCUCCGCUCCUCCCUCUCUGCUUGCUUAGCCCUCGGCGAACAGGCUCGGAGGCUUCAAGAAUGGCGCCUCCACAGAGCGGAGCAAGACGCCAGAAUGAGGGAGUGCCUCCUCAAGAACCAAGAGGCGGUGAAGCUGGGGGCCCAGCUAGAAGAGGAGCUCCGGCAGAUGAGCUUGAAACUGGAGGCUGCAGAGAAAGGCAAGGCUGAUGCUGAGGCCGCUGCCAGGAGAGCUGCUAAAGAGGCCGAGGACUCCAAAGCGCUAGCUGUCGCCAAGGCUCAGGAGGAGGCCGUUGAGGCCUUUGUCGCCGAGGGUUGGAGAGCCGAGGGGCGCAAGAUGUGGGUGUCCUCGGUCGUGGAGGCCUGCGUUGAAGAAUGGGCCGAGGGCCCUGGGUGGGAAUGGAUGGCCCGGAAGGGCAGAGAGUACUAUGAAGCCGGCGAAUUCUUCACCCAGGCCCU